AUGGAGUUGCGAACAAUCGCCAUCUUGGCCGUGCUGUUCAUCGCUUACCGCAUCUACCAAUUCCGCAAAGAAGCCUCUACGCCCAUGAUGUCGCACGGAAAGGUGAUCAAUGUUGACAACGAUGUCAUUUUCAAGGCUCUCGUCUCCAGUGGCCCUGCCGUGAUCGAUUUCUAUGCCACAUGGUGCGGCCCCUGCAAGGCUGUUGCGCCUAAGGUCGGCGAGCUCAGCGAGAAAUACCAGAAUGUGCGCUUCAUCCAGGUCGACGUGGAUAAGAUGCGGGGUGUCGCGCAGCAGUUCGGCGUGACUGCCAUGCCUACCUUUGUGUUCUUGAAGGAUGGGCAAGAGGUGGCCGACAAGCGGGUCCGUGGUGCUGACGUCCGAGCUCUGGAGGUUGGAAUCCAAGCCAUCUCCAACUAA